AAGUGAAGGUCCGAGCCCCUUGUCGAAGACCCUUGCAAGAACCUUCGCCAUCGUACACGGAGCUCGUGGCCACGAACUUGCAAGGAUAUCCCUGCUCAGUCGCUUGACGUGUGCGUUCUUCGGUCGUUUUUCACGUCGACAAGGUUUCAUCUCCGGUCCAUCUCUUUGGAUAAGCUCGAACUUUCAGCUUUUGACGGAACAAUCCUUUCCAAUACCUUUUCGCGUCUGGUUUACGCGAUCUGUUCACAUAUUUUGGGCGUUGUCUGUCAAUUGAUCCGGGAUCAAGAGUUCGAAACGUUGUAAGAUACUAGAAAAAUGUCAUACCCACCACCUCAGGCCGGAUAUACCUGGAACUGCCCACCAUCUCCCUCGGAAUAUUCACAUGCUUUGUACAAUAGCCUGCAAGUGCAAUACCAGCAGCACAUCACAGAUGCCUCGAUUGCAGCACUUCCUCAAUCAGCAAUGAUGAUGCCACCUCAGCACAUUUCUCACCUCAAUCCCUCAAUCGCUGGCGUUAUUGAAUCAAAGACCCGACGAAAGACUACCGAAGCACAAGUUCGUAUCCUGGAAAAGGCUUUUGCUGAGAACCCUAAGCCCAACGGCGCUGUUCGCAAUGUCCUCGCUGAGCGUUUGCUCAUGACCUCUCGUAACAUCCAGAUCUGGUUCCAAAAUCGUCGUGCAAAGGCUCGGGCACAGAAAAGGGAGGAUGAACUGAGGGCGAUUCAGGUGUUGGAGGAUGCUUCGAACGAGAGCAACAAGGAGAAGAAGAGGAGGACGUCGAGAUCUUCAAGUAUGAGUACCACUUCCUCGGAAGCGACCGAUCUUCAGCCUGAUAUCGAUGCUACGCCCCGGAAACCCGAGUCAGCAAAGUCGAUGGCACCGGUUACACCUUCGACCUCCAUGCUGCAACAGGACUCGAAAUCCAACUAUGCUUCCCCUUCAGAAGCCAGUUACGCUUCACUCGCAAGAUCAUUGGCUGUCGCCGCUGCUGCCGCUGCCGCUGCAAACCACGGUCACAACGCAUCCGUUCCUCCACAAGCUUUCGCUCCUCCUCCGGCGUUUGCUACACCCACCUACCCUGCUCCUUCUCCCGCGCCCAUGAUGCAAGCACCACCGCCGUACUUUCCUCCAGCUGCGAUGAUGUACCGUCAAACCUCGCAGUUCUCUGAUUACAGCUCAGCGUGCCCAACGCCCUGCGGUGACGAUCCUUUCGAGUUUGACCGCUCGGCCGUUCAGACUCCGUUCGUGAGUACUCCUGGAACUCAAACUCCGGAUACCCGUUUGGCUCCGGAACAGUUCCCUGACUUCGCGGCGGCCAUCGAGGCGAAUGCUUUGAGACGUGAGAUUGGCAAGGCUCGGCCUCUUGUUCCUGUUAGGCCACAUGUCGACCGUAUGAACUCUUGUCCUGCGGACUUUGUUCAGGCGUUUGACAAUGUUGGGAUCAGGAGUACCCCGGCUUUGGAGUUCAAUGAGUCGCCGUUCUUCGAGAGUGCGCCGCAGCAAGAGCCUGUUGCCAUUCAGACGCCUAUUCAGGGUCAUCAGCGGACGAUGUCGCUUAAACGUCGCAGGCCGAACCUGAGCCCGCUUGGUGUGCCUCUUCAGAGGUCCAAGUCUUCGAUGGGCGAGUGCUUCACUACUCGUGCAAAGGCUGUGCCGGUUUACCAGAUUGCUGCUUCGCCUUUCGAAUUCGACAGGCAGCUUGAGGAUGGUGAGACGAGUCCUAUUACUCCUCUUCGCAGGUCCAUGUCGAGUGCGACGAUUCUCACUCGCAGCACCGUCAAGAAGCAAACUCAGCGCAAGCCAUCGAUCGAGUCCGUUAUCUUGCCUUCGCCAUUAGGACAACCUCCGACCGUUGUCGAUGAUGCCACUGACGAGGAAGACAUCGAUGGUUCAGACGGCGAGGAUGAUGGCCGUCUCGUCAUGAAGAGCUACCCCACUCCUCUCGCCAAGAUGCAAGCAGCCAAGCAGAGCAUCGCACCUCCUACCCCCGUAUCCCCCUUCGACGUGCACAACCCCAUUUCCAUGGGUGCUUUCGCCGCCGCGGAUCCGAACACCACCCCUCGUCCAGUCUGCAGGCUCGACACGCGUGGAAACGCAGCAACCAUCAAGAUCCAACCAAGCGCGUGCAGCAUGCUCAACUACUCCCCCCCACCAACCCCGAUCUGGGCCGCGUCUGCCUCGCAGAAUAUCACUGCGACUCUGCCGGCGAAGGAGGAUGAUGUUUUUGGUAUCACCAUUCCGAAGUUGAGUACGAUCAAUGAGCAUGGGUAUGGUCAUAUGGUGUCUAUGGAGUCAUGGAACAACACUGCAAUGGAUUCCGUUCCUGUUGAUGAUUUGUUUGGGUUGCCGCAUGGUGGUGAUCUUCACAACCAGGAGGAGCAGUUCAAGGUUACCAUGACCCCGCAAAUGGCUCAUGACGGCCUCUGGAGCUCGGAUACGCUGGGCGAAAUCGGAAGCUCAAUCUUCUGAUGUAUGUGAGGAAUGUGUUUCUGAUGUCUAGCGGGGGUUUUCAAAAAAGUGUGCUUUUCGUUUAAUGCUGCUGGGCAGCAGGCGUUUGCCUUUUAUCUUUAUCCUUUUAGGUGCACAGCUGUGUACGGACAUUUAUGAUUCAAAUAUAUCCUUAAAAGCAGAGCUUGUCCAAGUCUACCUAGGUGCCUGUCAUGGCCAUUCAAUCACCAACC